ACAUCAGAAUAUUAGUCUCCAUGAUUCUCGCAUCUCCAUGAUUCUUGCACAUCCCACCAAUUUUGCUAUCCAAUAUUUGAUUUAUUUGUAACGGCACUAUUUGAUUUCUUUCCAUGUAAAGCAUCACCGUACAUAGCUAUAUAUUUUUGUAAAUCAUUCUCAAUGAAGAUAUAUGAAUCAAUUAGCCAAACUAAUGUUUAACAUGGUAUCAGGCCAAAACAGGUUCUGACUUACCUUUCCUUGCCGAUGGCUUCCUCAACCACCGAUCCUCCUCCAUCUUCUUCCCCAUAUCUCCUCCACCCCUCUGAUUCUCCUAGUCUUGUUCUGGUUUCCGGUCUCCUCACCGGUGACAAUUUUCCAAAAUGGCAGCGUGCUAUUCGCCGUGCACUCAACGCUAAACACAAGCUUUCUUUCGUUGAUGGCACUCUCAAUGCCCCUGCUAAAACAUCCCCUGAUUAUGCCCAAUGGAGCCGCACCAAAGACAUGGUCUUAACUUGGCUUCUCAACACAAUCACCCCUUCCCUAGCCAAUUCCUUGGACUAUCACGAUGAUCCUCGAGAUGUUUGGCUUGAUCUCGAAUCUCGUUUUAGCCAUGGAAAUAAUGCUCGCCUCUUCCAUCUUAAAAGAGAAAUAUCCAACCUUCAUCAAAACCAACUCUCUAUACCCGAUUACUACAACAGUAUCAAACAGCUUUGGGAUGAGUUGGGAAAUCUCCAACCCCUCACCGAUGCCACUACGUUGGAAAAAAGGGCUGAAGAUGAACGUGUCUUUCAAUUUCUUCUCGGCUUCAAUGAUUCCUACGCUGCUCUUCGGUCCCAAAUCCUUGCCACUGACCCUCUUCCAUCUCUGAAUAAAAUUUUUUCCAUCCUCUUUCAAGAGGAACAACAGAGGCUUCUUCAAGUAUCCCGUCUCCACCCAGAAAACAUUGCUCUUGCUGCUCGGAGUUCCCCUCAUCCACGGCCACCUCUCAAAUGCACCGAAUGCGGAAAGGAUGGCCACCUACGGAAUCGCUGCUGGCGUGUUAUCGGCUACCCCCCGGGCCGUGAACCACGCAACCCCCAAAGGCCAUCUCUGCUCGGGAAACCUCCCUCUGCCACCGUUCAUCUCGCUGCUUCCAACCCGGUUCCAGUUGGUCCUUCGUCCAGCCCGAUUCCAGGACUCUCCUCCGAAACCUAUCAACAGCUCAUGAAUCAAUUAGCCAAACUAAUGUUUAACAUGCUCUAA